AUGUAUCGCACAGCUCUACGACGAACUGCCAGGACAGCAAAGCCUUCGCAAUGGGUACGGCAUUCAAGUACCGGGGGGGAAGCUCAGCCUCGCCGUUCCAUCAUCCCUCUCGUCGCUGGAGCUGUCCUUGUGGGAGCUGGCGCUGGUGGUUUCUGGGCUUACCAAAACUACUCCCAACUAUCCAAGCAACAAGAACAGGCUCGAAGCCCUAAACAGGCAGAAAAGGCCGAGAUUCUCCGUGAGAAACCACGGAAGAAGGCAAAGUCUAGGGAGGAGAGCAAUGAACUGAUCAGCCCUCAACAUGUCCAAGUCAAGCACAGUCAUGACCACCCCGGCGUCUAUGCUUGGGGUUCCAAUGUGGGCAAGGUUGCUGCUCCUGACUCCAAGGAAUCCAACAUCAAGACACCACGGAGGAUUUCCUUCUUUGACGGCCAGAUUCUCAGGGAUUUGAAGCUGGAACGAGACUUUGGCGUGGCAGUCAACGAAAAGGGUGACCUAGUUCAGUGGGGUGUCGGCUACAACAGAGAUGCCCCCGGCCCGGAAGUUACCCUCAGGGGCAAAGAUGUCACCAAGAUCGCCGUCUCCCGGGACCGUGUCAUUGCCCUCUCGUCCAACGGGCAAGUCUACUCCAUUCCUGUUGCCAAAGCUGACCAGGCCUUUGCCGAAAACACACCAAACUCUCAUUCUUCCUGGUCCAUUUGGUCCGGCACCCCCAGCCUCACCCAGCACUACAGGACCCUCAAGCCUGCCAACUUGGGUUGGAACGAACAAGUGGUCGAUGUCAAGUCCGGCCUUGAACACUGUCUGAUGCUCACCUCCAGAGGUCGCGUCUUCUCGGCCGCCUCUAGCACAGAGGACUUUCCUUCCCGAGGUCAGCUCGGUGUUCCUGGGCUGACGUGGCAAAACCGCCCAGCUGGUCCAUAUGACCAGCCUCACGAGGUCGGCGGACUGCGCGGUUUCAAGGUCAGGGAGAUCGCCACGGGUGACUACCACUCCCUUGCCCUUGACAACGAAGGGAGGGUCUUUUCCUUUGGUGAUAACACCGUUGGCCAGCUUGGCUUCAAGACCGAUCUCACAGCUACCCAUAUUGACACCCCCUCUCUGUUGCCCGUCAACCAGCUCUACGCCGGCACCAACCUCAAGCCCAAGGUUACCUCCAUCGCCGCUGGCGGUCUCAGCAGCUUCUUCACCGUUGACGCCACCAAGGUUCAAUCAGAGUCUGGGUCGGAGGUCAUGCCCGCCUCUGAGCUCGGCAGAGUCGUGGCCGAGACGUGGGCUUGUGGUUCCGGUAUCCACGGCGAACUCGGCGCAGGCAAAUGGCUUCACGUCUCUGUUGCUCCCUCCAAGGUCAAGGCUCUUUCCGAUCUCUAUGAAUACGACGAGGCAACCAAUACUGUUCAUCCUAUUCGUCUCAAAAAGAUCGCCGUAGGAAGCACCCAUGUCUGUGCUGUCAUGGACAAUGUGCAUGAUUCCAAGGGGAACUCUAAGGGGGGUCCACAGUUUGGGAACGAUGUCUUGUUCUGGGGAGGGAACGAGAGCUAUCAGUUGGGCACGGGCAAGAGAAAUAACACGAACGUGCCGAUUUAUAUUGGGGCGUUGGAUGGGGAUAGUGUUGGGGCUGGGAAGAUGGAUGGGGAGCUGGGGAGGAAUAGGCUCCAAAUUGCGCCGAGGGCGAGGGUGAAUCUGUUGACUGAUAAGGGGGGGAAGGCUGGGAAGGGGAGGCAAGUGGAUGUGGAGCAGAGGGUAGAGUGUGGGAGGUGCGUAAGCGCUAUCUACUCUGCCGUGUAA